AGAGCUGGUCUGCAGGUGGGGAUGGAGGGCCCUUGGGGACUGGCCAUCCUCUAGCCCUGCCUGGGAGGGCCUUUGAGAACUGUGGAACCCUAUGCUCUUAAAACUUCCAAGAGGAACCUCGUCACAAAGCGGCCCGAGAGAUCCGUGUGGCUCUGGAGGGGCACAGAAGAGAGGGCGGCAGGCAUGUUUGACCCACAAGUAUUAGAUUCUCCAGCCGUGAUCUUUGACAAUGGGUCCGGGCUCUGUAAGGCAGGCCUGUCUGGGGAGAUUGGGCCCCGCCACGUCAUCAGCUCAGUUGUGGGGUACCCGAUAUUCAAGAUGCCUUCAGCAGGCACCAAUCAGAAGUGCUUCGUGGGAGAGGAAGCCUUGCACAAGCAUGAGGUUUUGCACGUGCACUACCCCAUCGAGCGGGGCCUGGUCACGGACUGGGACAACAUGGAGCAGCUCUGCAAACACCUCUUUGAGUGGAAGCUGGGGGUGAAAGCCAGCGAACAGCCAGUGCUCGUGACCGAGACCUCCCUGAAUCCACGCAAGGUCCGUGAGAAGAUGGCUGAGGUGAUGUUUGAGAACUUCAACGUGCCCGCCUUCUACCUGUCGGACCAGGCUGUGCUGGCCCUCUACGCCUCAGCCUGCGUCACAGGCCUGGUGGUGGACAGUGGGGAUGGGCUCACGUGUACCGUCCCCAUCUUCGAGGGGUACUCCCUGCCCCACGCGGUCUCCAAGCUCUACGUGGCAGGGAGGGACAUCACAGAGCAUCUUACCCAGUUGCUGCUGGCUAGCGGGAGGACCUUCCCAUGCAUGCUGGAUAAAGCCCUGGUGGGCGACAUGAAGGAGAGGCUGUGCUACGUGGCCCUGGAGCCGGAGAAGGAGCUCUCCCGGAGGCCGGAGGAGGUGCUCAGAGAGUACAGGCUGCAGGACGGCAACAUCGUCCACAUCGGGGACCAGCUAUACCAGGCGCCGGAGGCCCUGUUCAUGCCCGAGCAGCUGGGUGCCCCAACCCCAGGCCUCUCCAAAAUGGUCUCCCACAGCAUCACCAAAUGUGAUACUGAGAUUCAGAGGAUGCUGUAUGGGGAGAUCGUGCUGUCUGGGGGUACCACUCUGUUCCAGGGCCUCAGUGACCGGCUUCUGAGGGAGCUGGAGCAGCUGGCUCCCAAAGGGACCCCCAUCAAGAUCACAGCUCCCCCUGACAGGUGGUUCUCCACGUGGAUCGGCGCCUCUGUCAUCACCUCUCUGAGCAGCUUCAAGCAGAUGUGGGUCACCUCCGCAGACUUCAAGGAGUUCGGGCCAUCUGUGGUUCAGAGGAGAUGCUUCUGAGGGAGCGCUGGGAGAACUGCUCGCCCUUUGGCAUCGGCAGGAUGUUCAAUAAGAGAAAACAGUGCAGUUCGGGGCUGUGUCGGGCUUGGUUCUUUUUGGCGGCACCAGACUUAUUUCUGACCCUGGUGGAAAAACCACUCCAAGGCUCUGCACCUGCCUACACUCCCCCCAACUUUCUCCUGAGAAAGCCCUGGGUUAUGAGUAGGGGCUGGGUCCCUCUGCAGAGUUUUAAUGGAAAGCAGGGACCCCGACCUCAUGCUUCCUGCUCAAGUCAGCAGGGCCCUGGAAUCUGCUUUUUAAACAUGUCUUAGACUCAACAGGAAGGGGAGUGCGGGGAGCAACCUGGCAUGCCGCCUUGUCCUGAGGAUCAACAACCUCUCCCCUGGCUAGA